GUAACGUGGAAGAGAAUGGCAAAUGUUGAAGCUUCUCCUGUUACACUGGUAGACUUCGCCAACCCUCUAACAGAGCAGAGUUCCACUCUGACUUUCAACGGCGUAGAUUACGUUUCUGGGAACGCAGUGGACGGGAAUUUCAACUCGGACCUGAUCAACGGAGAAACCUGCGCGCAUACAGAAACCGAAGGGCACCCGUGGUGGAGGUUGAAUCUUCUUGAGUCUCGCUGCAUUGCGCAAGUCGGCAUUGUGAACCGUCGGGAUGGUAGCUAUGUCCGUUUGGCCGGAGCAGAGGUGCUUGUAGGGGGAAUACAACGACGCAAGCGGUGCGGCUCCCCCGUCAGCGCCGAGUCGGCCAAUAUCCCCGGCGGGAUGAACCUCGUCAUUUGCGAUCCACCUAUUAGAGGAGAUGAGAUCGUUAUUCACAUUCCUAAAGACGAAGCCACUUUGCAGAUUUGUGAGGUCCUGCUCUGGGAGGUCUCUACCUGCGGAUAGCUCUGGUACGAUCUGCAGCUGUCUAUAUGCCCAGGAUGUGUAUGGAAUGGUCAGCAAACCAAGAAAGGAACUGGAAACUUUGGACGACUGAUUUUAAGAUUAACAGUAGAAUAAGUGUACUAAAACCCACUUAAACAAAAA